CGCAUCCUUCAUCACUGAUGAAUGGAGCCGCACCAGGGACGCAUCGCUAUCGGAGGUGACUCGCCGGCGGCCAUGAAGAGACGACAGAGGACCCCUCAGGAUGAAGACCCCGAGGAGGACAUCCUACAGUUGCGUCCAUCCUCUCCUCCAUCCUCUUCCUCCUCCUCCCACUCCCCUCUUUCAGCCAUGCCUGCCUCUGCGUCCGCCCUCCUGGCUUUGGCAUCGCCGGCUACCCGUCGCUCCAUCUCCAUGGGUGACUUCCGUAGGGUGACGGGCGCCAUGCUCGCCGCCUCGGAGCCGGGGUCUGCCUCGGCCACGGCGCCGUCCUCCAAGCUAGUGACACCGAGCUCCAGCAUGGAGUUCGAAGCGGCUCGCCGGCGCCUCCUGGAGGUGGAGGAGCGCCAGCGGGUCAUACGAGAGAUGGAGAGGCGACUAGAGGAGCUGCGGGAGGUGUUUGUGCGCUCCGAGCAGGAAGUGGUGGUACACGGGGAGCGGCUGGCCAGGAUAUCAGGUGCCGCCCAGCAAAGCGAGAUCUACGUGGCCGAAGGCAGCCAGCGACUUAAGAAGGGACUCAAGUUCAAGAAGCACCGGCCCACCAUUGUGUUCUCCUCCAUGCUGGGACUCCGAACAUGCCUGCCUUGGCCCGUGAAGCUGAAGUAGGGCAAAAGAUCAUGACCUUCCGCCAUCUACACUUGUUUGCGCUCGUAUCCUGAGGCUGGUCCUUCGGGUCGUUGGAGUGCCUGCACAAAAGGACUCAGGAGCCCAUCAAUCCAAGUGAUGCUCUUCCUCGUUGUCAUGGAAACCUUGCUGCUUUUUUUUUUUUCCAACACUGACACGAGAAUGGCUAGAGACUGCAUGGUGCGGCAUGGAUGAGUCGCGUAUGACGGGAUUCACAAAAGCUGAGUAUAGCGUUAGAUUGCAUUUAGUUGAUGUAUAUACCAGAGUCAUUCGCGGUAGGUGAAAAAACACGAUUAUAGAGAGACCAUAGAGUAAGGAUAUAUAUAUAUAUAUAUAUAUAUAGGAGGCUAAGCGUACUUGCUUGUCGCCCCUGACUACAAUCUAGCGGCGGUUCACUGUACAGGAACUCAAGAUAGGUUAAAAAGCAGACCUAGCAACACAGAGAUAAAAGAUGUGCCUUGACGUCUCUGAUUCAUCAUUAUGGGGGAGGAGGAGGAGACGCGACACACUGACGCGACUCCACCUGUGGCCUCCAGUCUCCUUGGCAACCGCUGUUUGCUCUUCACACUUGUCUCCACACAGCCACACAGAAUGUAUCUGACUAAACAUGCUUUGGAUUUGGUUGACAUAAAAAAAAAAAUAUUUAGCAAUGUUGUAGUGCGGUUUCACAUCUAUGAUUUGCAUGCUUCAUAAAGAUGUAUAGACACAUCAUUACGUACAUACAAACAAGAUGCCCAUAUAAAUUCACAAAUAAUUAAAUCGAUAAAUAAUACUAUAUCAUCAUCUUAGUUGCACAAUUCAUAUCCAGACUAACUGUAACUGAUUUUGCAAGAUGAAUACUGCAUUUUGUAUCUAGUCAUAAUGGUUGCAGGUGUACCGAAUGUUGUGACCGGCCAGUAUGCACACGAAGCAGAGCAUACACGCCAGGGACGUCUAUUCCUGGAAUUCAAAGGUCAAGGCUGAGCAUCCUCUCAGCUCGGCUUUCAAGAGAAUUCAAUCUGUGAGUGCAGGAGCGGGAAACUGGACAUUAUUAGAUCAAUAUUUUAGAUCCAUCCAAAUAUGUUGAAAAUUAAAUGGAAAAAAAUAACUAAAAUCCAGUUAAUGCUGAAUGCUUAGUCUGCACAUAUGUGAACACUCAAAUUAGAAACAAAACUGGCAAAGGACACGUUUGAUUUCUUUCUGUAUCAACUCUUCAAAAGGGCUGGAAGGAUUGUGAUGAGACGAGCUAGGCGGAAACCGACGGUUCUCAUCUUUCACAUCGAUAGCCAUAACGACAUUACGAUUGACAAAAAUCUCUCUUUGCAUUCCACUCUGCCAAGGGAGCGCUUCUUAUUAGCGAAGAGCUAACGCAGAUUAGGCCUUAUAUAUGUAUGUACAGUUGUAUAGCUCAAACUAUAGUGUUGUAUAUCUAGCUUCUCAUCUGCCUUCUUCAAUGUCUGUGCAUCGGCAAUGAUAAAUCUGCUGACAAAGUUAGAAUGGGGGUACCGCAUUCAAAUCGGACCGGAGACUGUUUGGAUCCUCUACUUUUAGGACUAUGUUUCCCAAAGAGCUCUAGAAUGAAUGUACUGUGUUCUUUCAAAAGUGUUUUUUUUUUUUUUUAAAACAGAAUAUAUUGUUAGGAAUUUUAUUUUAUUUGGCCCUCUGGUUGGCAAGAUUCUAUUAUAUUGGGAGAACAAUAAUAUAGAGAUUCUGUUAAACAAUAUUGACUUUAAUUAUUUAUUCAUCAGUUGACAAAUAAAGGAAUAUCUUAUUUCAUUCCACUUUUUGUAUUAUAAUAAGAACUGAUUCCCUUUUUUAGGGAUCACAAAUCGCUGUAUAUUAUUGAAUGUUUCGUUCUCGCGGUGAUUGUACAUUUGUUGGUGUUCAUUUCUAAAUUGACAGCCUUAAUGCCACGCUUUGCUAACACAACAAACAUUUUUUCAAAACAAGCUUUCUAUCGCAUAGAGCAAAAAAAAAAAGACAACAUUGUUCUAUUUUCUGCUGACUUUUGUUUCACAUUUAAAGUCAAAUACUAACUCUUGAUUGUGUAAGCCCAGCGCCGCCAUGUACAAGACUAAAAGGAUAUGUCAUUAGGAUUAAACUGGCUUAAUGAUUAAAAAAAAUGUUACAUAAGAUUCAAAGCUGUUUUUAUGUGAAUUCCUAAUUGUUUGGAUUUACUACCAGCCUUUGAUGCCUGAUGUGUUUUUUUUUUUUUUUUUUAAUAGCAUCACUUUGCAUGAGCAGCAGUUCUCGAUGCUCUUCGGGGUUAUGCAUUCAAAAUCCAAGUUAGAUAACUGCGUCUUUUAAUGGCAAAUAACUGGAAAUGCAUUCCACUUCCACUUUAGCACUCAUUAUUUUCACGGCGGGAUUUACAGCCUUCCAUUAAGCUAAAUGUUUUCCCUGUUGCUCUCUUGAUGGAAGCAUUAGGGGCACAUCUCUGAACAUUCUUUUUUCUGUUUUCAUUUUACACAGUUGGCUUUAAAACAGAGCCACUAAUAAUGCAUCCAUUUAAAUAAACUCAGAGAUGUAUUCAUUGUUUGCUUUUCGCGGAUUAGCACAAUGUGUUGUGCACACAUUAGCGCCAAAAAUCCAUCCAGGGAUUAGAGGCAGUGCACAAUGUGGUCAAAAGCAAUGGACAGCAGUGUGUUUAUUUUAUUCAAACAGACCGUGCGUUACGCAACGCUCACAG